GGACCGCAUUGGCUGCGGACGAGCGGCUCGACCGCGGGGACUUCCCGGCUGGGGCGAUAAGAGGGGCAGGAGGCGGGCACAGCAACAAAGGGCGGCGGGGACGGGAGGACUGGCAGCGGCGGGUGUGUGUGCGGGGGAGCUCACCUGCCUGCCCCGAUCUGCUCUUGUCCUGCAGCCCCGGCGGCGAGGACCGCUCGGCAGCCGCGCCAGGGCCGGGGUGCGCCGGCUGGAUCGCAAAUGAAGUGCGAGAACUGCACCAAAAAGGAAUGCAGUAAAAAACAGAAGAAUGAUGAUACACAAAGCACAUCUGUCGAUGGAUUGAGUGCAGAUGAUGGUUUUGGAGAGAAAAAUGAGUUUCAUACAUUGGCUAAUGCUAAAAUAUUCCUUAGCGACUGCCUAGCUUGUGACAGUUGUAUGACAUCAGAAGAAGGAGCCAGAGUUUUCCAGCAGAAUCAGAAGGAGUUCUUUCAUAUUCUUAACCUUAAUAAGAAAUGUGAUACCUCAAAACACAAAGUGUUGGCAGUGUCUAUAUGCCCACAGUCAUUGCCUUAUUUUGCUGCUAAAUUCAACCUCUCUGUGAAUGAUGCAGCCAAGAGACUCUGUGGUUUCCUCAAAAGUCUUGGGGUGCAUUAUGUAUUUGAUACCACUAUAGCUGCUGAUUUCAGUAUCCUGGAGAGCCAGAGGGAAUUUGUGCAGCGGUAUCAGCGGAGGAACCAGGAGGAGCAUGCCUUACCGAUGUUUGCCUCUGCUUGCCCCGGUUGGAUCCGGUAUGCUGAAAGGGUUCUUACCAAUCUCGUGACCUCUCACAUUUGCACUGCAAAGUCUCCACAGCAGAUAAUGGGCUCCCUGGUGAAGGGCUACUUCGCCAGGCAGAAGAACUUGUCUCCUGAUAAAAUUUUCCAUGUGGUUGUGGCACCCUGUUACGACAAAAAACUGGAAGCUUUGCGGGAGGAUUUCUACACCGCCUUGUAUAACUCACAAGAAGUUGAUUGUGUGCUGACAUCAGGUGAAAUUGUCCAAAUAAUGGAACAGAAAAACCUGUCUAUGAAAGAUGUGACUGAAGUAGCUGUAGAUAGUUUGUUUGAUGAAAUAAAGGAGGGAGAUGUAGUAAGGCAUGAAGGGAAAAGAUCUGAUGGUUACCUGGAGCACAUUUUUAAACAUGCUGCAAAGGAGCUUUUUGGCAUAGAUGUCAAGGAAAUCACCUACAAAGCAUUAAAGAACAAGGACUUCCAAGAGGUUACCCUGGAAAAGGAUGGUGAGACAGUGCUACGUUUUGCAGCAGCUUAUGGCUUCAGAAAUAUCCAAAAUUUGGUUCUGAAGUUGAAAAAAGGAAAGUUUUUAUACCAUUUUGUAGAAGUCCUUGCUUGCCCAGGAGGGUGCCUAAAUGGAAAAGGUCAGGCACAAACUGAAGAUGGAAAACCAGAUAAAGCACUGCUUAACCAGAUGGAGGAAGUGUAUGCUGCAAUACCUGUUAGACUUCCAGAAACCAACCUCCAUGUACAAAAGAUGUACCAGGACUGGCUGGAAGGCAUGGACUCUAAGAAGGCCCAGGAAACUUUGCACACCCAAUACAGUGCAGUAAAUCAAACAGCAAGCAAUUUGGAUAUCAAAUGGUAAUAAAUCAAACUUGUAAAAGUUUUGCUUAGGUUAGUUACAGAUUCAGCACUGGAAACACUCUAUGCAAUCGCAGCUGCUAUGCACUAGCUGAGCGUGUGAAUGAGGCACUUCUGGAUUUUGGGUGGUCAGUUGUGAAGAGCUGUUGCUUUGGCAAGCAGAAAGAGAAGUCUCCCUCCCAAAGCCCUGGUUGUACCAUAUUAUUUAACUUCUUGUGUGGUUAAUCUCCUGCAUCUAGUGGAUUUCUUCAUUCAAAAACAUCAUGUUGCGAGGUACGUGAGCACUUUCUGCCAGGGCAGAAGAGUUCCCUUCACCAAAUGGGCUCCCCCGAGAAGGCGAGGUUGUUUGACUCUUCCUCCUAGGUGUGUAAUCCCUUUCUUCGUGGUAAAAGAGUCAUCAUGAAUUGCAGUACUGUUGCAGUUGUGGAGUAACUUGGGAUUCAUUUGUCUUGUUAACAGAAAACCCUUCAGAGGGACAAGUGUGUACAUGGAGAAGUGUCAUGAAUUUAUGUAUGCCUUCUAUCCAUGUUUUAACAAACUCUCCCAUUCCAGACUGAUUCUAUGUUCUGUAGGGAACAGGAUGCUUCGUAUAAACUGAACUUGGGAAACUGAAUGGUUAUAAUGCAAUCAGUCAUUUAAAGUAGUUCCAGAUAGGUUGGUUGCUACAUAAAGAGCAUUUUCUUUCCUUGUAACUUUUCUUAGGAGCCUGCAGCUAGGAAGGGUGCUGCUCCUUUUCUUUGCUGGCUUUUUUUAAGAGAGUGACACAUACAUGAGCACUGCAACUUCCUAGAUAUGCUGAGCCAGACCUACAGCACUUUGAUUCGUUCAUGUUUUGGUACACACAAUAGCAGAUUGGUCUUUUAUUUGUCUGGUAAAAAUCACUUCAUGGAGCACCUCUGAAAAAAGUACUUCGCAAUGCUUGUGAGUGAGCUCCUCCAAGUCAUGAUACACUGGCAUCGUUCAUUUUGGCACACUUAAAAAGAAUUAAGUGCUCUGUGGAGGCUUCAUUUAACAGGCAUCUAAAAGUUAUUUACUGCAGGCAACCCCAUGAAUUGUCAGAGGGUUAUUCAAGAAUGUGAUGUACAACCAAAAAACCUUACUAGUAGCCAGGCUGCUUCAGAUUGUCCAGUUAGCAUCAAAUUUGUUCAUAAUUAAUGGCUGCUUGACACUAGCAAGGUCUGAACUUUACUUUUCCAGUCUGAAAGUGUGGAUGGGCUUUUUUCAGUUGUUUCAGGCAGUUUGAAUGAGUCAUGUAAAUUUCUUUAUUACAACUGCCUGUAUGAGUAAGAGCUAAUACAGCAAAACCCUGUGUAUUGAAACCUGUGCAUUUAACUUGAACACAGUGGACGGGAUAGAAGCAUUAGUGAAGUCAAUGUGCAAGUUCUUGCAUUGGCUAAACAGAGGGGCUUAAAAAGAGACACAGACUUAAG